AUGGUAUACCGACUAUACAAGGACCUCUAUGGAUUACGAAAAGCGCCACGAGCAUGGAACAUACGUCUUGAUAAGAUACUUAAAGAUUUGGGCUUUACAAGGUGUUCACAAGAGCAACCAGUGUAUAAGCUUCAUCGUUCCAACACAAUUUUGAUAGUUGGCGUAUAUGUGGAUGAUUUAAUUGUCAUCGGAUCAAAUGAAGACCAAGUAACUCGAUUCAUAGGAAAAAUGCAGCAGGUGUUUGAUAUGAGUGACUUGGGGAUGUUGACAUACUACUUGGGAGUAGAACUGCGGCAAAGUGAGAAAGGCAUCGAGAUAAGUCAAGCCGGGUAUGCAAAUGGGAUUCUACAAACUGCUGGAAUGUGGGACUGUAACCCAACAAAGUGGUCGAUGGAUGAAAAAUUUAGCCUAUCGAAGAAUGAGGAAGGCACACCUGUAAAUGCAACAAAUUAUCGCCAACUCAUUGGUCGUCUUCGAUACUUGACUUAUACAAGACCAGACCUUGCUUACUCUUUUGGGGUCGCUAGUCGCUAUAUGAGCAAUCCAAAAGCCAUCUGA